AUGAGUGCACGAACACGAAGGCAAAAAGCUCUCGCCGCGCAGGGGUCGGAAGGCGACGAAUCGCCAGACGGCAAUGGCGCCGUGCUGACGCCUUCGAAGAAGCGCACACCGUCCAAGAAGCGAAGCCGGUCCGCCAUCCGGCAAGAGAAGAAGAGGGAGAACGUGUUUCUCUUCGCCCCGAACCUGAUCGGAUACUCUCGUAUUGUCCUAGCCAUCGCGUCGCUCUACUACAUGCCCCUCCACCCCCGGACCUGCUCCCUCCUCUACAGCGUGUCGUGUUUGCUGGACGCAUUGGACGGCUACGCGGCGCGGUACUUCAACCAGUCGACCACCUUCGGCGCCGUGCUGGACAUGGUCACGGACCGCUGCAGCACCGCCUGUCUGCUCGUUUUUCUCAGUUCCGCCUGGCCCCGGUGGGCGAUCAUUUUCCAGGGGCUGAUCUCCCUCGACCUGGCGAGUCACUACAUGCACAUGUACGCGAUGCUGACCAUGGGCGGCCAAAACAAGAGCCACAAGAAUGUAGAGGCGACUCGGAACUGGGUGCUCUACCAGUACUAUCACAGCAAGGUCGUCUUGUUCAUUUGCUGCGGGCUGAACGAGCUGUUCUUCAUCGGCCUGUACCUCCUGUCCUUCUCCUCGCCGACUCUCUCCCCUUCGCUACUGCAGCCCGUCCCCGACGCCCAGCCGUCCUCGGCGCAGCCCGGGAACCCAGCGCACCCGGCGCCGGCUAGCCUCUUCGCGAGCCCCUGGAGCGCCGGUGCGCUCGAGCUGGCGCGCGCCAACAAAAUCGACAGCUACUGGCCGUGGGUGGUUACCAGCAUCUCGGCGCCGGUCAUGUUGUUCAAGCAGUUUGUCAAUGUGGUGCAGCUGAUCAAUGCCAGCCGGUGGCUGGCGGAGGGAGACGUGGAGGCCCGCCGCGCCAACAAGAAGAAAUAA